UCUCUGGCGUCUUACCCGCCCUUCUUCCCGCGCCCCAUUUUCUUUACUAUCUCAUAAUUAUAAAUGUCUUAAUCUAAUCAUAUUUGUAAAAUUCAAUCGGCUUUUAUUUAUGGCUCUUUUCGGAUCGGAACUUGUUUCGUUUUCCUGUUUGGACGAAUGCUGCAGAGCCUGCAUAUUCUCCGAUUUCACCCAAAUGUUUUGUUCAGAUUGAGCAACUGUUUGUAACUAUGAGAUGCGCUGGUUGUCUACUGAAUCAUUGCGAAUAAUGGAACAAAAGCUAUUCGGUGAGGAUUGCGAGCUGUUGAAAUGACUAUGUGAAGCGAGUUUCUUUCUUUACAUAAGUAUUGUAAAAUUGGCCGAGUUCUGGCAUUCCGUUGGGAUUAGAUACUGUUGUUUCCGGCAAAUUUUUUCUGAGUUAGGACGCUAUUAUCGGAGAGAUGAUUUCGUAUGAGCAAGAUCCUGAUGUUGUGCGAUGGGGCCUGCAGCUUUUUGAUGCAGGCCCGUAUUCUACCUGUGGUUAUUGUGGUGCUGUUGCUCUGGAAAAUGUUAGUUGCUAUCAUGGGCAUUAUUAUAAUGAAGACAACUAUGAAACUGAAUUUAGCAACGUAGAAUAUGAUGAGCUAAUGGCACAUGCUCUUCAACAACAACUGUCACAACUCGCAGUUACAGAAGCUCCCACACCUUCAGAUCAAUUGGAGGAAAAUCUACAGCUAUCUACUUAUUCCCAAGACUGGCGCAGCCAUCCUAUAGGUGACUAUGACCCCGGACAGGAGAGUGAUCAAGAAGAGGAUGAUGAGGGACCUUCUAGUUCAUGUUCUAGCUCAGAAAAGAAUUCAUAUUAUGGUAAUGAAUGGCUAUAUUCAUUGGAGGAUAUGGAUGAAUGUGCUGAUGGAGACGUGGGGAAACGAUUGAAUCAGAUGAUACCAAUUCCACAUGUUCCAAGAACCAACGGAGAAAUACCUUCAGUUGAUGAAGCAACAUUAGAUCAUCAAAGGCUACUGGACAGAUUGCAGAUGUACGAGUUGGUUGAGUCUAAAGUUGAAGGAGAUGGAAACUGUCAGUUUCGUGCACUAUCAGAUCAAAUUUAUCGAACUGCUGAGCACCAUAAAUUUGUGCGAGAACAAAUUGUGAAUCAGUUGAAGUUAUAUCCAGAGAUAUAUGAGGGAUAUGUUCCCAUGGCUUAUGGAGACUAUCUAGAGAAGAUGUCCAAAAAUGGUGAAUGGGGAGAUCAUGUUACUUUGCAGGCUGCGGCAGAUACUUAUGGAGUAAAAAUUUGUGUCAUAACAUCAUUCAAGGACACAUGCUGCAUUGAAAUUCUUCCUAAUUUUGAAAGAUCCAAGCGAGUAAUUUGUUUGAGCUUCUGGGCUGAGGUACACUACAAUUCAAUAUACCCUGAAGGAGGUUGAUGAUUGCAGGUCCGCAUGCUGAUAUGUGAGUUGUUUUCCAUUUCUUCUUCCUGGCUCCCUGCUGUCAAAGUCGCAUGCUUUUGCCUGUUGGCUUACAUAGCAAUUGCCCUCGAAUUAACUGCAAUCCAAUGUGCAUCCUUUGCGCUUUAUGCACUCUGGGGCAAUUAUAUUGGCGGUGGCGGGGUUACUGGUUCGCAAUCUAUCAUCUUAUUGACCAAUUUAAUGCGUGGAUUGUUUUGAUAUCUAACCUAAAACAUGUUUGAAUUACAUGGGCCACGUUGAAUCUGGUAGUUUGAUGCAUACUGUUCAGUUUUGAAUUUGAGAUGAUGUUAAUAGGCAGGUGUCACCGCCUUUCCCUGUGUUCAAUUUUAUUGCAAGCUUCCCGC